ACAGCCUCGCGGCCUGAGAACAACACUACCCUUGGUUUUACUUCCUGAUGAGCAUUACGCAGGAAACGUCUACAACUUUCAUGUUGAUAUUCACUUUUCCCGCGUUCACACUGUCGCCACCAUCGUCAACUAGCAACAACUUUGCAUAUUCAUUCACUGAUUGGCGCAAUCUUUCUCAACCAACGCGCUGUUACGAGCGGGGCAAGAGAAACCCUGCCGUACUUAAGCCUGAUUCCAUCUCCUCAAAUCAUGUUUCGAGGAACUCCGUGCCGACACUCGAGAAAGGUAGCAGCGAAAUCCACUUCUCGAAGUGGCAGUAACGACCAACACCCAAAUCACCUCACUCGCGUUUUUGCUCAACCAUCAAUGCGUUUCACUGGAUCUCAGCAACAGAAUCUAGGCUACAGACACGGAGCUCCUGGUUCACAGUUGAGAAACUACGUUGACAUUUACGAACCUGAUGGAGAUUUGGAAGAAUACCCGUAUUGUCACUCCAAGGCUACCGGUCUUAGACACACGGCGAGUGAAGGUUCCAACGCUAUGGAAGGUUAUCAUAUAUGUGACUCUCCGAGUACAAACCAGAACCACACACGCAUGAUAAGAGACGACAUGAACAAUCUCUCGAAUUCAGGACUUGUCUAUCCCUUGGAACACAUGGACUCUUACCGAGAUACACCCCAAAGUUGCCACCAAAACCAGAACUUAAACGAAUUUGCGCCAGAUUUUGAUUUUAAAAUUGUUUUGUCUCCCGGGAUUCCAGCGACGCCAGUGGGAACACCAGAACUAAAAUUUCCAUCGUCGAUGAUACGAUCGUCCACAAGACGUCCCUUGCGAGAAUGUCGAACAGAUAACAGACAUGAGGACAUUGUUCCAGACUUGAGUACUUUCGGAUAUCCCGCACCGCAAGGGAGCUCAAGGGCAGUGUCAAUGGUGGAACAUGAUAGAAAACAACCUCUCAACGAGCUAUCCGCUAUUGAAGCCCCUUUGAAGGUUUUCAAUCUUGAUGGGAUAUCGAACUUUCUUUCUCAAUACAAACAGACCCUACCCAUCGGAAAACAUCUCGGUUGUCCCCUCCCGGAAAUAACUGCCGCUGAUCAUGACUCGAAUCUUCAUACAUACGGCUUUGUGCAUGGAAGACACUCAAGUAAAUUGAACGAUCAACAGUUGCCAUCAAGGUGUCCCGAUGUCGCUAGGACAAUGAGCCAUGCAUCAGAGCGUUAUAGCGAAAAAUUGGCCGCUGACUCGAAGGGCCACCACACUGGCUCUGUUUACGAAGACAGCAAGAGAUCCUUGGACUCUAUCACGUUAUCUGACUGUGAAGAGACCAACUCUACUGCUUCUAACACCCCCUGCAUCUCCAGGGCAUCUUCUCCUGAUAUAAUUUCGGCGAUAUUACCGUCGAUGAAUGAGGAUAUCUGCAACAGGGUUAUGGCCAUAUUCGAGGAGAUGUUUGAAAAAAACGGUACACCACUGGACCUUUCUCCAGAAUCCGAAGGAUCACCUCCAAUCCUCGAGUCACCAGCAAGUUACCCGCAACUGAAAGACGUUGAACCCAAGAGACACAAAGUUCCACCCUCUGACGGUGAUUCCGGUUACCAAAGCCUCGAUGUGCCGGCGUUGCCGCACACAGACCUCAGCGAUAACGUUUACAGUGAUAUUCAAAUCCCAAUGAGGCCUCGGGGUAACCAUGGCGAGCCUCAUCAACUGUCUCCCAGCUCUUCGAAUUCAACUCCAAGGGGAGCGCAAAUACAUAUAUCCAAGCAAAACCAUAGUCGGGAGGACCCUGUCCGACAUGAAGGAGCAAAGAAAAGAAAAGGAGAAUCUGAAGAUCCGGACGAGGACGACGAUGGUGGUCGUAAGCGUCAAAGACCUUCCAACCCACCGAUAGCAGAUACGCUGGAUGACAAGUUCAAGAAACGAAAUUUUGCAUGCCCCUACAACAAGAGAAAUGGCACAUGGAAGAAUGCAUCGUGUAUCUUUCCAGGAUGGCCUUCUGUAUCGCGAGUCAAAGAACAUCUAUACAGGUGUCAUAGUCUGCCUGUCUUAUGUCCACGGUGCUAUAAGCAGUUCUCCAGUGAUACAGAACGGAAUGAGCACUUGAGAGCAAAAGCCUCAGCGAUGUGUGACGGCGUCGCUUCACCGCCAACUAUUGAAGGCUUCGACGAAGAGCAAGAAAAACAAUUGAGACGCAGAUCUAGAGGGACGGGAGAGUCAGGCGAAGACAAAUGGAGAGCUGUAUAUCGUAUCCUCUUUCCUCAGGAUGCGGAACAAAGAAUCCCAUCGCCCUACUUGGAUACUAACUGGGAACUAGACUGCGACGGUGCUCCAUCAACUUCCCCCGAUUCAGAAACUCUGGCUCGAUACGAUGAAUUCUCCAAAAAAGAGCUACCCAAGCUCGUUAAGGAAGACGUACUGAAAUUGAUCAAGGGAAUAACACCGCAACUUGUUGAGUUAAUGACGAGCACACUCCCCGAUAUAGUGGGUAGAGCUCAAAGGAUCAUCUAUGACCAAUUUCUGCAGAAUGAGUCGGGAGAACAUCCAUACAGUGGAGAAAGCAGCAAGUCUGCAGCCGAACAGCCCCAUUGCCACAACAAAACACAAGCCAUUCGGGAGAUGAUUACGCCCCUCCCCCAGGUUGAUGAAACAACCUAUCCAAUGCCGACGCUGGAAGAGACUCAGAAUAAUCAUAACCAGAUAAAGCCACAAUCCAACACAGCAUUCGACUCUGGUUAUGGUUCUCAGGCAAGUCAACACAUGCCCUCGGUUUCUGGUCCCCCGGGAUAUGAGUUAUACGACAUAGAGGGUUUUGAUCCCAGAAUGAAUAAUCCAGCUUCCUUGGAGCUUACGGGAAAUGAAUUUUUCUCCGACUUGACGGAUUUUACAGGUCCCUCUCAACCAAGGGAUGAAGCGAUGGGCGCUAUAGACUUUGAUUUACUUAUGCCAGAUGGCGAUGAAGACCUGCUUUCAGGUCAUGGUAGUUUUCCGAACUACCAUUGA